UGGCCAGGGAGGAGUUCCAGGUCGGUGUGGGGGGCGGUGCGGUGGGCUGUCUGGCACCAGUGUCCCUCUCUCCCCUUUGCACCCACAGGCCUCCACUGCAGAGCCUGCGACAGUCUGCGCGCCCCUGUGCGAUCGCGCCCCUCCCCGGCAGGUAUCCGCGAUGGCACUGGCUGUGCUUCGUGGCUGGUGCAGGUGGAUGGGCGUGGAUGCUCAGCGCUCGCUGCUCAUCCUGGGCAUUCCCCACGACUGUGAGGACCAGGAAUUCCAGGAGGCCGCGCAGGCUGCCCUCCAGCCCCUGGGAAGAUACCCAGUGCUGGGCAAGGUGUUCAGAAAGGAGUUCAGAUCCAAGGUCGCCUUGGUGGAGAUGGCUCAGUAUUUAAACCGAAGUGUGAUCCCCCGACAAAUACCAGGCAUGGGAGGACCCUGGACUGUGGUCUUCCUGCCCCAGGCCCCAGAAUCAGAGUCACAGGAUACACCCAAUUUCCUUGCACAGACCCAGAGGCAAGCAGGGGUUGCCUUGGCAGGCGAGGCAGGAACUGGGCAUGGGGCAGGAGCUGAAGGCAAGGCAGCUUCUGGAGGCAAGGAAGGGGCUGGAGGCGGGGCAGCAGCUGGAGGCGGGGCAGGAGCUGGAGGCGGGGCAGGAGCUGGAGGCGGGGCAGCGGCUGGAGGCGGGGCAGCGGCUGGAGGCGGGGCAGGAGCUAGAGGCCAGGAGGGAGCUGGAGGAGGGGCAGCGUCUGGAGGCGGGGCAGCAGCUGGAGGCGGGGCAGGAACUAGAGGCGAGGAG